UAGUGAUGCAGAGGAAGAUAUUUCAGAGACAGAAGAUCUUUCAGAGACCGAGGACAAUGUUAUUGAUGAUCCAGAUUGUCAAUUUUCCUACGAUGAGGAGGAUUCAGAGGACGAGUCUGCCGUUGUCUCUCCAUCAGAUGAAAACCAAGGAAUGCAGCAAUCAUCAUCCACAGAGGGGACAUGGGCAUCUAAAGAUGGUAAUAUAAAAUGGUCAACAUCACCACACCAAAGCCGAGGCAGACUGUCAUCUUCCAAUGUCAUCAAAAUGACUCCCGGUCCUACAAGAUUUGCUGUCACACGAGUUGAUGAUAUUCAAUCAGCAUUUCAGCUCUUCAUAUCCCCACCAAUAGAGAGGAUUAUACUUGACAUGACCAACUUGGAAGGGAGGCGUGUAUUUCAAGAGAAAUGGAAGCCACUGGAUCAGACUGACUUGCAUGCUUACAUUGGAAUUCUGGUAUUAGCAGUGUACAGGUCAAAGGGAGAAGCAACCGCAAGUCUAUGGAAUGAAGAGAAUGGAAGGCCAAUCUUUCGAGCAACAAUGUCUCUGGAGACAUUUCACAUGAUAUCUCGUGUGAUCCGAUUUGACAACCGAGACACCAGAGCUGGUCGAUGUGAAAGAGACAAACUAGCUGCGAUCAGAGAUGUAUGGGAUAAAUGGGUCGAAAUUCUACCUUUGUUGUACAAUCCUGGUCCCCAUGUUACUGUAGAUGAGCGCCUUGUUCCAUUCAGGGGGCGCUGUCCUUUCCGACAGUACAUGCCCAACAAGCCUGCCAAGUAUGGCAUCAAAAUAUGGGCAGCCUGUGAUGCAAAAUCUAGCUAUGCAUGGAAUAUGCAAGUGUAUACUGGAAAGCUACCUGGAGGAGCAUCUGAGAAGAAUCAGGGGAUGCGUGUGGUGCUGGAGAUGAGUGAAGGGCUGCAAGGUCAUAACAUCACAUGUGACAACUUCUUUACAUCCUACCGCCUUGGAGAUGAACUUCAGAAGAGAAAGCUGACUAUGUUGGGAACAGUCAGAAGAAAUAAGCCAGAACUUCCCAGUGAAAUUCUGAAGAUGCAGGGCAGAGCUCUGCAUUCCUCAAUAUUUGUUUUCACUGAGAAAGCAACAGUUGUUUCAUACUGCCCAAAGAGAAACAAGAAUGUUCUUGUAAUGAGCACAAUGCACACAGAUGCAUCUCUGAGCACAAGAGAAGACAUGAAGCCACAAAUGAUCCUGGACUACAACUUCACCAAAGGAGGAGUUGACAAUCUGGACAAAGUCACAGCAACAUACAGCUGCCAGCGCAAGACUGCCCGUUGGCCCUUGGUGAUUUUCUACAAUAUUGUGGACGUGUCUGCUUACAAUGCCUAUGUCCUGUGGACUGAAAUCAACCAGCAAUGGAAUGCUGGCAAAUUGUACCGACGUCGGCUUUUCCUGGAAGAACUCGGCAAAGCACUCAUCACACCCAAGAUCCAGAGGCGAGCCAGGCCAGCUCGAUCCCCAGCAGCUGCAGCUGUCAUUGAAAAGGUCAAGCUCAGGUCAUCCAACCAAUCUGCAAUGGAUCCAGUGGAUACAGGUGUAAAGAAACGGAAAAGAUGCCAGGUCUGUCCCUCCCGAGAGGACAGUAAAACAAGUACCUCUUGUGUGAAAUGCAAGAAUUAUAUCUGCAGAAAGCACACAGUUACAUUCUGUCCAUCAUGUGGAGAGCAGAGAAAAUGUUGAAAAUUGAAAAUCUGAGAAAAUGGGCAAGUUAAAUGAAAAAAAAAUUUGUUCGUGA